AUAAAACAUUCUUUUAGAAAUAUAAAUAGAAUUCAAACUGGUAGUUUGGUAUUCAACAUUAUUUUAUUUUUUAGAAAAUUCAGAUAAUGAAAAUCUCGUUCCCUGUAAAAGAAAAAUAUAUAUAAAGAAGAAGAAAAUAGGAUUUUGAGGCUUUGUUGGCGCGAGAAGAUACUGCUUCUACGUCGAUCUGAUUCGCAGAAAAUGGGUUCAAACCCGCCGUUUAUUCUCGAGAUCGGACCCGAUGGUAUUCCCAAAGAAGCUUCGGUUAUCAGUUACACAGAACAGGUUCUCUCUCUAUAUAUUCCUUCUUUUUGCUCUUCAAUCUCUCACAAUCUUGUUGCUUUGUUUUCAGAUAAUCGAAGCAGAGCAACUUCAAUUGAAGAAAUACAUUGAGGAAAACUAUUCUAAAAUUCGUGAUGUGGAGCGUGAGCUUGCAAGUCUGGGAUUGGAGAUGAAACUUACAUCUGGACCAAAGAAAGCAGCGUUGGAACAUAUGAGAACAAAGAUAGAGGCAUCAACAGAGAAAAUUCGUGUGGCAAAGCUAAAAGAAGAACAGGCACAUAAGGCGUGGGAAUCAGCAUCCAAAGCAGUGAGGGAUGAAGAACAAAUAAAGCAGAAAUUAUGUGAAGACUUAAGUAAACUGGUAGAAGAGAGCAAUAACUCUCAGUUGUCUAGGCUGGAGGAAUUAAAAAGACGAUUGGAAGCUAUGAAUCCAAACCGGCAGUCAAGUAGUCUUCACAGUGCUGGGAGAUCAAGUUCUCUGGAUAGUGCAAUCCAAGAUGGUUCCUCCCUUCCCAGCACAAGGGAAUCAAAUGAAGGUUCGGCUGUGAAUGUUCCGUACCAAAAUAAUGGUCAGAAAGUUCCAGCGGCCAAUGAGCAUAAACCGCAUCCUCCUAGUGAAGGAGAACAAAGAAAUAAAAAGAAAGUUAACCUAAGAGGUAAAGGAAUUGGUGCAGUGUCCAAGACUAGGUCUUCAACUCCUGACUGGACUGGUUCUGGUUUUGAUGUAGAUGGCAGAAAUUAAUGGUACUAUGGUAAUGCGUUACUGCAUCUGAUACAUUUGGCUGAGAAGUCUUUACGAUCUGCGGAAGGAAGAAGAUGGGUAUCUGCAAUUGUCCAGAUGGUGGGGGCAAGCCGUUUUCAGCAUCAAAUUUCUGAUUGAAUUACGUCUCUCAGAAGAAUUUACUCAUUACUGACUCUGUUUCUUGCAAUAAUGAUCUUCUGCCACCUUAUCUCUCUAAUGUACCUCAGUGACCCAGAUGCAAACUUCCAUCUUUUUUGUGUGUAUAAAAAAUUUAGAUGAUCUGGGGUGUCUUCAAUUCAUCAAAGUCAAACAAAGCUUUAAAAUUUAAAGUAACUUUU